AUGUUGUUUUCUCUCCUAAUUUUUCUACCAGCUUUCCUAAAAGCCGAACCUUUGAAUAAUGCGAAAAUAAUUCUCGAAGAAUACAGACAAAAUCUUCUUAAUGAUAAAUUGGAAAAUAUUCUCGAUAGCAACUAUUUCAUGCUUCCAUGUGGAUUCAGAAAUCUCAACUUGGAACAAUAUAAACAAAAACUCUUGCUUCUUCAGAAAAACAUCGUUAUCAAUUAUAUUUCAGAGUCAAAAAUUGAGCAACUCACAGAAGAUGAAAAUGGCGAAAUUUUCUUCAAAUAUGAUGGAAAAACAACAUUCAAGGCAAGAUUUGUUGAAGAAGAAAAUAAAUAUAAAAUAACAUCAGAACAACAAACUUUUUGCCCAACUGAACCAUUUUUAUCCUUCCUAAUUAGUGAUAAUUCCACUUCAAUGAAUAUUGCAACAGAUGCAGUUACAGAUUUAUUGAAAGCAACGAUGGAUCAACAAUUAGCAACAGUUCUCAAUGGAAAAUUAGAGAAAAUCAAUUGUGAGAAUCAGAAAACUGAAGAGAUUUCUCCAGGUGGAACAUUCAUUUCCAGAAAUUCGUUCAGAGACUCGAUUAAACGUCAGCAAUUGAAGAUUUCCAAUAACAAGUUGAAUUAUUCAAAAAACAAUUCGGAAUUUGUUUUGAAAAUGAAGAAUAGCGAAACAGGAAGACCAAUCAAAGUAUACUUCGAUGUGAAUUUAGAAAAUCGAAAAUUUAAUUUAAAAUUAGAUGAGUGUUGA